AAUUUGAAACUGACCCAGAAGCCAUUAGACUUCUGUAAACAUUAGCACAAUGCUUCAAAUUGGGUUUGGUGGGGGAGAAGCUGAGAUGGAUAAAGGACGUUGUGUUGUGGUGGGAGUGAAGCUGGACUCCAAGAGCAGAGAGCUGCUGACGUGGGCUCUCGUCAAGGUGGCUGAGCCUGGUGACUCUGUUGUUGCUCUUCAUGUUCUUGGUAAAAAUGAGAUUGUGGAUCGAGAUGGGAAGUCGUCUCUGCUUUCACUUGUCAAAGCUUUUGACUCUGUUCUUGCUGUGUAUGAAGGCUUCUGUAAUUUGAAGCAGGUGGAUCUCAAGCUUAAAAUUUGCAGAGGAGCAUCAAUCAAGAAGAUUCUUGUCCGGGAAGCGAAAUCUUAUAAUGCAUGUAAAUGUAUAGUGGGAACUUCUCAGAGCCACCAUAAAAUCCGGUCAUCCACCACCGUGGCCAAGUAUUGUGCUAAGAAACUGUCAAAGGAUUGUGGGAUACUUGCUGUAAAUAAUGGGAAAGUUGUGUUUAGCAGAGAGGGUUCUCAACCAAGUUGUGACUCUCAAGGAAGUGAAGAGCAUCGCAGAAAUGGUUUGCUCAGUGCAUUUCACAGACAUAAGUCUUCCAAAGUACUAAAUGAAGGCAGUGACAAUCUGCCCUCAAAGAAAGCAUAUGAUGAGGUGAAUUGUAAGAAAAUGGAGCAGACAUUAGCUAAAAUCUUUUUCGAAUGUACAGACACGGUUGAGAAACAGAAAUGCUCAGUUUGUUCGCGUCCCUCUGUGGAUAAUUCUAGUCACCAAUCAGCUGAAGACUCUUCCGCUGAGGAUGGAGAAGAUAACUCCAUGGCGAUAGUGCCAGUACCAAGAGAAGAGGCAAGUUCAAUUACUAAGUUGAUCAAAGAAUUGCCUGAAGCAAGACCAGGUUGGCCACUGCUUCGUCGUGCUGUGUUACCAGACCCUUCCGAGAGGUCUAUGAUUCGGAAGAUCUCGGUGGUUCAGUGGGCAAUGCAGUUGCCUAGUCGGCAUCACAGACAAAAUAAUUGUGAUCCAGGGGAAGAUCAACCUUCGAGUUUGGAUGGAGAAACUGGUGCGAUUGUUCCGGUGGGUAGUGAGGCGAUGACUGCCCCAUCCUCACCUGACCAUAAUUUGAGAAAACUUCCUAGAGAAUUGGAAGGUCUGCAUGAGAAGUACUCAUAUACUUGCAGAUUGUUCAAUUACCAGGAGCUUCAGUCAGCAACAUCAUAUUUCUUGGCUGAAAAUCUGAUUGGGAGAGGUGGUAGUAGUCAAGUUUAUAAAGGCUGCCUUCCUGAUGGCAAGGAACUUGCUGUUAAAAUCUUAAAACCAUCUGAAGAUGUAUUGAAGGAGUUUGUUCUGGAAAUAGAGAUUAUCACUACCUUAAAUCACAAGAACAUUAUUUCCCUUCUGGGGUUCUGUUUUGAGGAUAACAAUCUUCUCUUGGUUUAUGAUUUCUUAUCCAGAGGAAGCCUGGAGGAGAAUCUCCAUGGUAGUAAGAAGGAUCCGAACGCAUUUGGUUGGAAUGAGAGAUAUAAGGUGGCUGUGGGUGUAGCUGAGGCCUUGGAGUAUCUGCAUAGUGGCAGUGCUCAACCAGUAAUCCACAGGGAUGUUAAAUCAUCCAAUAUACUGUUAUCUGAUGAUUUUGAGCCACAGCUCUCUGAUUUUGGACUGGCUAAGUGGGCAUCGACCUCCUCAUCACAUAUAACAUGCACUGAUGUUGCAGGCACAUUUGGAUACUUGGCUCCUGAAUACUUCAUGUAUGGCAAAGUAAAUGACAAGAUUGACGUAUAUGCAUUUGGUGUCGUACUCCUUGAGCUUCUUUCAGGAAAAAAACCUAUAAGCAGUGACUAUUCGAAAGGCAAUGAGAGCCUAGUCAUGUGGGCCAAGCCAAUUUUAAAUAGUGGGAAGGUGUCCCAACUAUUAGAUCCGAGCUUGGGAAAUAAGUAUGAUCAAGGCCAAGUGGAGAGAAUGGUAUUAGCAGCUACACUUUGUAUCAGACAUUCCCCUAGAGCAAGGCCCCAAAUGAGCUUUGUUGUGAAGCUCCUUCAAGGGGAUGUAGAAAUGAUUAAGUGGGCAAGGUUACAAGUCCAUGCUUGGGAGGAAUCCGAUAUCCUUGACGAUGAGGCAUGUCCACGUUCUAAUCUCCAGUCUCACCUUAACCUCGCACUGCUUGAUGUGGAGGAUGACUCACUCUCCAUGAGCAGCAUUGAGCAAACUGUCUCCUUAGAGGACUACCUCAGAGGCCGGUGGAGCCGCUCCUCAAGCUUUGACUAACAAUUUCACCUGCAUAAUGCUAAUAUAUUAGCAAUGGCACUCCACUGUUGUGUGAUUAAUUUGUAUAGUAAACCCCUCCAAGAAAAAGAUCAAACAAGAUCGGAAAAGAAAAGCAGUGGCUUUCACAUAUCGCAGCAGAGGUUGGCUUAUAGAAGGGUUUAGGAUGAGAGGUUGUUUGUGUGUGCCCUCCUCCUUUUCUCAGUCAUAAACUGGUCCUUAUUUGUUGGACUGGUUUUUCUUUUACCCCUUUUUUGUGUUCUGUCUAAUUGGUGUCAGUUUUCUUCUUGGUCUCAAUUGGACCAAGAUCUGGAUUGUAAUGUUGAAAGAAGAAUGUGUUGUAAUU